UAGUAAUUCAGACCUAAUAAAAUCAAUGCCUUUAUUAUCGUUCUAUGGAAUCGUCACACGGUACACGCUAGUGCCCGAUUCCACGCAUCAGUUUAUCCGGAAUUUCCUAUUGUUGUCUUUAAGAAUCAAUGGUUUUUAAAAGUGUAUCUCUGACGAGUUCUACUUUUAAAACCAAAACAUCAGUUAAUCAUAAAAAUACUCAGGUGUUGAUUUUUCCUCUGCACUGAUAUACAAAGGUGUGGAAGCGAUAUCGAGAUCGAACCAUUGUGCGAAGUUGUAAGUGUCAAACGGACGCUACAGACGAAUAUAUAUUUUGGGCCGAAAUUUAAAAGUAUGGAUUAAAAGACUUCGUAUGUGUUAAGAAGUCUUAUGAAGUGCAAUAAAACCCAUGCCCACAAAGUGUAUCAGAAAAGCUGUUGCUCGUUCUUUUUGGGACUAACAAUAACGGAAUUCAUACCGGAUUAAUAUCGCGAUCUGUGUAUUGGAGAUUAAGUUAAAAAAAUCAAGUCUCUUUAUUCAUAUCGACGACGUUUAAACGGGAAUAGGUUAACAGGGACUGACAUAUUCUGAAAUAGUUAAGAUUCACAUGGAUAUAACUUUUCUACUCCGUUGUCACUGCUGAAACCGUUGUUCUGUGACGACUUACAUUACGACAAAAUGGAUGAACGUUACCGACACAUAAUGAAGCUUCACCGGCCAUUCCUGACCAAAAACAUCGUCUGGACUGAGAACCUGGUGAAGGCCUUGAAAGACGAUGGAUUGCUGCCGGAUUCUGUAUUCAGAGCUACACAGGACGCAAAGACUCGAGAGGAAAAAGUCGGAUGUGUUCUGGAUGUCCUCCCUAUUCGGGGUGUCUCGGACUCUUAUGGGAAGUUCUGUGACGUACUUCAGAAAUGCGGGCACGAUUUUUUAGCGGAUUUUCUCCGGGAUGAAGGAGAAUUGGAUCUUGACGACGACGGGGUCGAUGAAGCGGACCUUACUCUAGACGAAAAAAUUGAGAGAAUGAUAAAACACCGCGAGGCCAAACAAAACCAAGAUGUGCUGGCUACAAAAUUUGAUGCUAGAGAAAUGUUUAAGAAGCUACCAUUUCUUGAACGCCUCCGAAAUAAUGAGAAGGAUGGAAUUGAAAGAUUUUUUGUAGACAAGCUGAGAGGCGAAGCGUUGAAAAUGGUAUGGAAAGACGACGUCAGAGACAAAGAGAAGGCUGUAGAGGCUCGGCGGAAGUUGAUCGAACAGAACGACUCUCAUCGAGACGAGGCUGCGAAAUGGCAAAUCGUUGUAAAGAAGAAAAAUGAAGAGUUAGAAGAAAACAAAAUAGAAAUAAGAGGACUCCAAGCCCAAGUGAAAAGCCUGGAAAAUAGUUUAAAAGAGGUUUCUUCCAAGCACAAAGGGGACGUAAGCUCGCAGCUUCGUUUUAACCAAGCCAAUGAAAACCAGUUACAAAAAGCUAAGGAUAAACUGAGCAAUGCCGAGGCAACACUAAGAGACAUAAGGAAAAAAUUGAACGAAGCAUUGCAGAGUCGUCCAAAACGGUUAACACAGAAGCAAGAGGUGGAACUUCACGUAAAUGAAUUUGCAUUUCUCUCCGAAGAUGUGGAUAGAUUAUUAGAAAAACAUGAUGAACUAAAAGCAAUUGGGUUGAAAUAUUUCGACCUCUGCGAACAAAGAGACUACUGCUUAACACACAUGGGUCAUGAACCUGGUCUUGAUGCCCCUUCUCUGAUAGACGCUUACAGAGAGUAUGCAGUUCAAUCAGAGGAAACGAUGACAGAGCUCAAAACGAAGCUGGAGGAGUAUGGCGAAAUCGUGGAAAACUCCAAGAAAAAAGCACAGGAGGAUGAUAAGAAGAAAAACGCCUUCCAGAUGGGAGCUACUGUUUGGCAAUCCGCUAUAAUGAACGUCAUGCGAAAUCAGCUGCAAGAUGUUAAGCUGGAAAACCGCAAGAAGGAUACUCGAAUACAGCUUCUGGAAAGCGACGGUUCUAAAUCGAGAGCCAGGAUAACAGAACUGGAACAAGAACUGAAGAAGCUGAGAAACUCAAGAACCUCUCAAGAGCGAUUAAGCGUGGAAACUUUUAACGGGGCCCCGUCCAUAAGUACAGAUAGAAGUGAUCGUCUUGAAGAUUUUGACGACGACAACAAAAGGCAUAAGAGCCGGGAUACCAUUCUUCCACAGAUACACAGACAAGUGUUCCCAGGUCCCCAGUACACCGUCCAGGUGAGUACUACAGGAAGAAAGCCAAGUGACGCCACUGGUAGGCCGUUAGGGAUGCCCUCAAAUAAAUAUUCCGCCUUCCCCGAAGGACUAACAACAGCUCCCAUCCGAUUUGAAAACAAAACUCAGAACAAAUACGUCUCAAAAAGUAUACCGGGACUUGGAGACCUUAAGGCAAUGAAUUCGAGAAAUAAGUUUGAAAAAUCUCUCAAUCCUUCCAAAGUUCGAAAUUAGACAUAUCACAUAUAUAAAAAAACAUUAUACCAAAACUGAAUGUUACAACGUUACAUAUAGUAGUGCCAACAUGACAUAAAGCUACAACGAUUCACAGCGGUUUCUGUGCGAAUAUUGUUUAUCGAAAUGGAUCAGCAAAACCUGGACAGGAUAACUUACUGGGUUACAUAAUUUUAUGCAUAUGCCUUUACCAAGAUGUAUUUAUAGUAAAACUCUGUGAUAUUUAUGUGUUUAACAUUAAAUUUGUCUAAGUUGAUGUUUGAAUGUUUUACACUUUAAUUUUACUUCCAAAAUAUAAAAGCAUUACACCCCAGAUCUUCUUUAAGUAUAUUGUAACAGUGGUUUUGUUGGAUUUCACAUAGUUGAUAGAUACAGAUUCAUCAUUCUUCAAAAGAUUUACGCAUCUAAUCCCUUAAUUUUUAUCAAAUAUAAUACAUUUUAAAAUACGCAUGCUAAAUACCGUAUGUCAUUUUCUCUCGGCAAACGUUUUGAAAAUUUGAUAAUUAUCGCUCUUAAAAGACAAUGUGCCAAAAAAUCUUUUCCUGACAGAUUUUAUAGCAAUUACAUUAACAAGAUUUAUAAAUCAUUUACGGUAUUGGUCACAAUUACGUCUAUUGCUGUUUUUUUUAUACCGGGACCAAAUUUUGUGAACCAACAUCAUAAGAUAUGAAUUAUAAUUCAAUGUUUGUAUUAAUUUUCGGAAAAUAAUAAUGAAAUAAAAUAUUAAAUAAGCUACCAAUAAUCUAUGGCCUAGAGUAUAACAUAUGAAAUUCAAUGUUUUUUUCUUUACAGUGCUUGGCUUUUAGGAUUUAAAAUUCUAAACAUAAGUAACAAAUUAAGACUACGUUUCAUGAUGAAUUGCUACUUAAAGUUUAGUUAUACAAUUUUUAUUUUUAAUUCUAGUUUUUCUAUUAAACAUGAUUUGUACGCUAUCCCCACUAUGAUAUAUGAAUUAUGACUAUAAUCAUUAUAAAAUGUUUAUUACCAGUCAUGUUUUAGAUGAACCCAACACCUGCUAAACAUGUUAAAAAAUAUGUACAUAAAAAAUUAAUUAGUCAUUUUUAGAUAGAGUAAAAAACUAAGAUCCGUUAAUUUUAUAGUAUCUUUACGUAUACUGAGUCGAUAAUAUCUCUAAAAUGCAAAGUAAAUUUCAAAUAAGGCGCUGCACUUUUCACAAAAAUAAAUUGACAAAUAUAGAUUAUCAUAGAUCUACACGAAAAUACAUAUAACACGCACAAAAUUGUAUCACUUUAAUAUUGAUUGAAUCUUUAAGAUUUUAUAUUGUAAUAGCUGUAUUUUACACAUGAUAGCAUUAACCUACACAUUUCGAGAAAAGGAGUUUAUAUUCCUAAUAAUUUAGUAAAGAUUAUUCUACAUCCUUAUAAAAAUAUCAAGUAAAAAAAGCUUAGUUUUGUGAAUUCUAACAUUCUACUACAUUUUGUUUAUGCUAUUACAAGGCGUAUCAAACUUUACAUUUAUUUAAAGUUGAUUUAGUAUUUUCAAUUGCUGAAAGAAAUUGUGAGUUGAGUUGUUCAUUUAAAAAAAUAACAAGUUGUAACAAUACAAAGGCCUUUAUAGCUUAAUAUUGGUUAAGCAGCAACGUAAAUCAUAUUAUUGCAUCGAUUGUGUAUUGCACAAAUAUCUAUCAUAACGCAGCAUAACUGCAAAAACAAUGACAUAUUUAAACAAAUAUCGUAUCAAUAUUUAACAAAAUUU